AUGGCGUCCCGGGACAAGCUGAUUAUGAAUCAAGUACAAACUUACUCCCAGCUCAUGAACCGAGCAUGGAAUUAUAUAAAUCUGGAUGAGGAACAACGGAGAAAAGCAGCUCAAACGACUAUACAACCUCAAAUGACAAGGCCAACCUUCAACCAGAACAACAGGCAAGACAGGUUCAGGCCGAGAGAACCACGACAGCCCAUACCUCCUCGGAUGGAGCCACAUCGACCAGUCAAAAUAGAGGAACAGACUUUCAUCCCACUUAACACCCCAAGAUCGCGCAUCUUGAUGUGGAUUCAGUUAAACAAUGAACCAGUACGCUAUCCUCCAAAGCUACAAUUUGAAGGGGACAAAAAGAAAUACUGCCAAUUUUAUGAUGGCCAUGGGCACAUCACCGCUGAAUGCGGAAGCCUUAAGAAAGAAAUAGACCGAUUGGUGCAAGUCGGCCGCUUGAAAGAUUUUGUAGCACAGAGCAAAAGUUAUAACCCGGGAGGGAACAACCGAGGAGAGCAUAGCAGCAAGAGGGAAGAGGGGCCACCUCCGAAAAGGAAAAAUGUAUUAGGAGUAUUCAACACAAUAGCAGGAGGAAUGGCUGAUCCCGAUUACAAGCGAGGCAGACGCAAAAGGCAGAAAAUUAUGAUGAACAUAACAGUAACCAAACCUCUACCUGAGGUCAGCUUUGGCCCGGAAGAUGGAGAAGGCGUGGAUUUCCCACAUCAGGACCCUUUGCUGAUCUCGGGUCCGAUAGCAAACUUUUGGGUAAUGAGGCAGUUAGUGGAUGAAGGAAGCUCGGUAAACCUCAUUAUAAAAGAGGCAUACCUCGGGAUAGGAUGCUCAGUGUUGAAUCUCAAACCGGUUAGAACUCCUCUUGUCGACCUGGGAGGAACACCAGUACGAGCAGAAGGAGUAGCUGAAUUGACAGUCGAACUAGGAAAGGAGAGCGGAACGCCAGAGGGAAGUCUAGUCGGCAUUACUAAAAAAUUUAAGUCUCUGUUCAUAUUGUGA